UCACACCUCUUAAGGUCAUCAUCAACACAGCAAAGCCUCUGAAACUUGAGCUUUCAGCCUCUGCUCUUGUAAGCCUUUCCUCAAUCUUCAAAUUCCAUUCAUCAAAGCAAUAAUAAUCCAUCGACAUGGACGUCCAAGUCAUUUCAAGAGAAUACAUCAAGCCAUCUUCACCAACACCACCUCAUCUUAGAACCUUCACCAUUUCUCUCUUGGACCAGCUCCUCCCUUGUGCUUAUGUCCCCAUCGUCUUUCACUAUCCCAUAAGCGAUGCCAACUCCAUCAAACAAGCAUUGGCUCGUUUGAAAAGUUCGCUCGCCGAGACUCUAUCUCGCUUCUACCCACUCGCCGGACGGCUUAAAGACCACAUGUCGUUUGAUUGCAACGACGAAGGAGUUUUAUUCAUUGAAACUCGUGUUAAUUGUGACAUGUCCGAGUUUCUUAAAAAGCCUGAGCUCCAGGUCUUGCACCAAUUUGUUCCUUACCAAGACUUUGCUCCCGAGCCAGAAACAACCUUGGCUCACCUGGCUAUUCAAGCCAACGUAUUUGCUUCGGGAGGAAUCUCCAUUGGCGUGUCCAUGUCACACAAGGUCCUAGAUGCAAAUACGUUGGCCGCUUUCCUCAAGUGUUGGACUGCCUUAUCUAGUGGGUGUCAAGAUAAAGCAAUAUUCCCUGACCUUACCUCAGCAUCAUUACUUUUCCCCCCUAGAUCAGAACAACUACCACGCAGCAUGGCAUACCUCAAGGAGACUUGGUUGAACGAAGGCAAAAGCACCUUGAGGAGGUUUGUGUUCGAUAGUGCUGCCAUAAAAGCUCUCAAGGUCAAGGCUACUAGCCAACUAGUUCCUUAUCCAAGUACUUCCCAAGUGGUAACUAGUUUAAUCUGGACGCGGGCAAUGGCAGCUUCUGCAGCAAUUAAAGGCUCCCAACACCCAUCCACGCUGGUCUUUGCAGUAAACAUGCGGCCACGAAUGAUGUCACCCUUGUCUGAAAAUGCAUUCGGGAAUAUCUUUUGGCUAACAAGUGCACACCACAAUGCAGCGCACACGAAUGAAAGUGAGUUGCAAGUGGUGGUGAGCAGGGUGAAGGAAGCAAUUAAAAAUCUAGACAGUGACUUUAUACAAAGUAUGCAAGGGGAUGAAGGGUUUCACCAGAUACGCAAGUUGAUGGAAGAAAGAGAUGCAGUCUACGCCAAAGACAAACCAGAAAUGUAUAUGGUUAGCGACUUGAGAAGUUUCAGAUUGUCGGAAUCAGACUUCGGGUGGGGAAAGCCUCUUUGGGUUAGCCACGUUUGGGGAUUUCCCAGUUCCGUGUUUGUCAAUGGGGUAUUUCUAGCAGAAAGCAAUGUGAAUGGGGGAAUAGAAGCAUGGGUGCACUUGGAUGAACCUGAAAUGGCUAUUUUGGAGCAAGACACUGAGUUCAUAAGCUACGCUUCCUCCAAUCCGGGCUUUUCCAUGCCAUCGUCAUAGUAUGGUACCUUCCUGGUUAAAAGAAGUUUGUCUCCAUCUUCACCCCUUCCACUUUUAUUUAUUUAUUUUUCUUUUUUUGGUAACAACAGUAUCUGUACUACAUAUAUGUGGAUUAUACGCCUUUCAUUUGGUUGGCCCCGGACAAUGGGGCACAUGAUGGCGUCCAAAGAGUUCUAUUCCAAUCUUCACCUGGAUUCUUGUA